GUGGCUGGCCAGGUCCUUGGCCUGAAGAAAGUCCGAGACGCGUUCCAAGUCCGCUUGGGCCACCUUUCCGAUGCUCAUGGCGGAUUAUAGACUUGACAUACCCCCAUGCGAAAUGGAUGGAGACUCUGACGUCAUCGUGGUUCAUGUCAAUGAGAAGUGGGACAUGUCUUCACAAACACUGUGCGUACUCGGAGCAACAGGUACCCUCCCUCCCUUGGAUCCGUAACAGUUAUUGUAUUAUCAAUUGCCCAUGUAGAGCAGAAGCACCACCAGGCUGUUUUGAGGCUUGCCCAUUUUGCACCAUGGCCGAUGGAGGGGGCAUUUUUAUUGGUUUUCUGAUCAUUUUAAACUCUUUUGGAGCAGCAGCAAGCCUUGCUCUCUUCGCCCUGGCAAUCUGGGUGGCAGUGGAUGGAUAUGGACUGUAUCCGUUAUCGGGGGUGUCUGGAAAAGAUGACAUAUUCGCCGGGGCAUGGAUUGCCAUUUUCACUGGGUUUGCUUUCUUCUGCACCACGGCUUUCGGCAUCGUGGCCGUUCUGAAGAAAAGCCGUUUACUCAUCUUACUGUACCUGAUAUUUAUGUUCAUCAUCUUCAUCUUUGAAUGUGCGUCCUGCAUCACAGCAGUUACCAACAGGGACUAUUUGGUGGGAAACAGCAAUCUGGUGAAGAAGCAAAUGCUGAAAUAUUAUGCUGAUACGAGUUUUGAAGGGCAGCAGAUCACAUUGACCUGGAACAAGGUGAUGCAGGAGAUUCAAUGCUGUGGAGCAGACAAGCCCCAGGACUGGAUAGACUACAACUCCACAUUCAGAAAGACCUAUGGCACCGCGUACCCCUGGCCCCAGCAGUGCUGCCACAGGCUCAGCAACUUCGAAGUGGAAGACCCGGAGGGCUGUAAAUCGGGGUUUAACACCACAGUCUUCGACAAGGGAUGUUUCGACCACAUUCAGUCUGUCUUCAGUCGGUACACGUGGGCCGUAAGUUGGUACGGCUUCUCCGUCCUCAUGUAUAUGUUCUGGCUGAUGAUCCUGACCAUGGUGCACUAUGGUUUAGGCCUGUGACGAGUGAAGACUAUAUUGUGGAGAAGCAAAGGACAUACUGCACCUGUAUGUACAACAAGUCUGUGUUCUGAUGUCGUCUUCUGAAUAUUUCCUGCAAUGACUUUGUAUUAUCACGUAUUAUAAACUUUUACACUGCACAGACCAUAGCCUGCCAACAUGUUUGAUUGCCUUUGUUGUUGCUGCGCCAAUUAACAUUUACAUCAAUUCAGCUCUAGUGCACAGAUUACUAUUUAUAUUUCUGCAUUUACUUUUUGACAUAUCUUGAAAAUUA